UACGGGCUCAUGAGGCGGCUGGCGGACUUCAUCGACCCGCAGGAAGGGUGGAAGAAACUGGCAGUCGAUAUAACCGACCCGUCCGGCGAAAGCAGAUACAGCCAGAUGCAUAUAAGGAGAUUUGAGGCAUUUGUACAAAUGGGAAAGAGCCCCACGUGUGAAUUACUUUACGACUGGGGAACGACAAACUGUACAGUUGGUGAUCUUGUGGAUCUGCUGAUUAGGAAUCAGUUCCUAGCACCAGCAAGCCUUUUGCUUCCAGAAGCUGUAAGGAUGGCACAAGAAGUUACAAUACCUCUUUCUUCACAGGAAACUUUGCCUAUACAUGAGAAACAACUACCUAUACAGGAAGAAGUGGUAUCUGUAAAGCCUGUUUUAGCUCAGAGUACUGAGAAGCAACCUUCAGCUCCUCCCUACUUAAGUCAAGAAAAUAGCAGCUCACAGUCUAGUAACACAG